AGGAGGCCAGGAGAAAUCCUCUGCAGGGGACUUUGGGCCAGGCAGGGGGCCGACUUGGAGGCUGAAGCUUUGGGACCAGGGCACACUUGAUUUUGGGGCUUGGAGCCCUGAGGCAGGUAAACAAGUCAGGAGAAAAGUAGUGAGUUGAUACGUCUGUCUUCCUGGUCCACACCCUGUACUGAUAUACUCAGAUUUAUGUGCCAAGGACUUGGGGGGAGGGGAAGGGAGAGGACCGCACAGUAUUCCUGUGUGUGUGGCAGUGAGAAGAGAAGACCCUUUUGGAGCAGAAUGGAGGGGGCAUGCCCUGAGUUUGGGGGUUUCCCUGAGUCCUUUUAGUUUAUGCCAAUGGAAGAGGCACAUCUGGGGAAAAGAAUGUGACUCUCCUCCUCUCACCCACUUCUUUGCCCAGUAGAUCUUCAGGACACAGCCUCAUUAACUCUGUAAGUGCCAUGAAGGUUGGGGCAAGGGGAAGAAAGAAUCGGAGGCAGGGAAGUGGUUCACUGCCAUUAGCACCUAAAGGAGAUCCUGGGACCGAAGUCCAGCUGCCAGCUUGUACCUGCUUCCCCUGCCUCCUUGCAGGAAGUUUAAGUUUAACCCAAAGCUGGGCAUUGAUAAUCCUGUUCUCUCACUGGCUGAAGACCACCACCCCUCUGGUAACUCCCUCACCCACUGGCAACCAUUCCCUUUCCCUGGAGGCACCACAACUCCACACAGCCUCCCAUCUCCUUGAUCCCUGGAGCCUAGAGCGGCCUCGCUUCUGCUUGCUGAGCAAAGAGAAGGGCAAGAGUUUUGGCUUCCACCUGCAGCAGGAGCUGGGCAGGGCUGGGCAUGUGGUGUGCAGGGUGGACCCAGGCACCUCUGCCCAGCGCCAGGGUCUUCAGGAAGGAGACAGGAUCCUGGCUGUGAACAACGAUGUUGUGGAACACGAAGACUACGCGGUGGUGGUACGCCGCAUCCGGGCCAGCGGUCCUCGGGUGUUGCUGACAGUCUUGGCACGGCAUGCACAUGACGUGGCCCGAGCUCAGCUGGGAGAAGAUGCCCACCUCUGUCCCACCCUAGGCCCAGGGGUCCGGCCCCGGCUGUGCCACAUAGUGAAAGAUGAGGGUGGUUUUGGCUUCGGUGUCACCCAUGGCAAUCAGGGUCCUUUCUGGUUGGUGCUAAGUACUGGAGGAGCAGCUGAGCGGUCAGGGGUGCCCCCUGGGGCCCGACUGCUGGAAGUGAAUGGGGUCAGUGUGGAGAAGUUCACUUACAACCAACUCACCAGGAAGCUUUGGCAGAGUGGACAGCAGGUGACCUUGCUGGUGGCAGGGCCAGAGGUGGAGGAACAGUGUCGCCAGCUGGGAUUGCCCCUGGCUGCACCCCUGGCAGAGGGCUGGGCACUGCCUACCAAGCCCCGCUGUCUGCAACUAGAGAAAGGGCCCCAGGGUUUUGGGUUCCUGCUCCGGGAGGAAAAGGGCCCUGACGGUCGCCCUGGACAGUUCCUGUGGGAGGUGGACCCAGGACUGCCAGCCAAGAAGGCUGGGAUGCAGGCUGGGGACCGGCUGGUGGCUGUGGCUGGGGAGAGCGUGGAGGGGCUGGGCCAUGAGGAGACAGUGUCCAGGAUCCAGGCGCAAGGCUCCUGUGUCUCCCUCAUUGUCGUCGACCCUGAGGCUGACCGCUUCUUCAGAAUGGUUCGCCUAUCCCCACUCCUCUUCUUGGAGAACACAGAGGCUCCCGCCUCUCCCCAGGGCAGCAGCUCAGCCUCACUGGUUGAGACAGAGGUCCCUUCGCUUGAAGACACAGGCGUGCCUUCUGUCCCUCUGGGCUCCCGACAGUGCUUCCUGUACCCUGGGCCUGGUGGCGGCUAUGGCUUCCGACUCAGCUGUGCGGCCAGUGGGCCUCGCCUCUUCAUCUCCCAGGUGACUCCUGGAGGCUCAGCUGCCCGGGCUGGGCUGCAAGUGGGAGAUGUGAUUCUGGAAGUGAAUGGGUAUCCUGUUGGGGGAGAGGAUGACCUGGAGCGGCUUCAGCAGCUGCCUGAGGCUGAGCCACCCCUCUGCCUGAAGCUAGCAGCCAGGUCUCUGCGGGGCUUGGAAGCCUGGAUUCCCACUGGGGCUGCAGAGGACUGGGCUCUGGCCUCGGAUCUGCUGUAGAGCACCUCUGCUUGGUACAGACACACUCAGGGGCUACUGUGUCUUCACUCUCCAGCCCGAGGUGGUGGAGGCAGGAUUGCUCUCUCUAAGCCAGACCGGAGGAACUCAGGCAUCACCGAUCACAGGCUGGCCCAGGUGCUCCCUCCCUUCCUGCAGGUCCACCUUCCAGCAGAGGGUGUGGUUGGAGGCCUCAGGCAGGUUCCUGCAGGAGUCUGAGGCUCCAGAGGAUGUCAUAUGGGAGUUUGGAGAGCUGUAUCCCAGGGAUGAAGGUGUGGCUGUGGAUCUGGCUGGGAUUGAAGCCAUCUGGACCUUUUCUAGAUAUGACUCCAGGACCCUUGAGUGUAAUGCAAAAAUUUGGAGACCAGCUAUGCCUGCCCUCUGUGGGUGCCUUAGCAUUGCCAGAGGGUGGUGCUUGGUUACCGUCGCAUUUGUUAUAGAAGUGGCUGUUCCCCAUAAAUCUGACUGCCUGUGUUGGUGUUGGUGGGGGUAAGGGGCAGUGGUGUGAAGGGACCAAAAGGGCCUCAGGCUUAAGGGGUGGGAUGCGGCUUCUGCAGGAGAGAAGGUGAGACCUGGUCAAAUUUCUUUCCUAUCACUGAGUCUCAGGGAUAAUGGGUCAACCCAGAACUGAGAUGUCUGCAUGAGAGCCACUCCUAAAAAUAAACAAAACAAAAGAAAAAACAAAAAAAUAAGAAAACUAAAUAAAAAUAAAAAUAAAAAAGAUCCACUCCUCUCUGCCAAAAGGCCAGAGCCCACAGCUCUA